GCGGCGGCGGCGACAGGAGCAUUUGCCGGCGGCGACUGGGUAUCCGACGUAACGCCCGCUGCCGCCGCCGCCGCCGCAGCAGCAGCAGGGGGACCGCUGUCGGCACAGCCGUCGCAGCCGCUGUCACCGCCGUCGCCGCCGCCAGCGCAGGCGAAGCAGCCGGCGCCCGCUCCUUCCUCCUCCUCAUUCGCAGUCCCCACCAGCCUCAAAGCAGUGAUGGGACUGCUGAGGGCGGGUCACGCACGCGGCGGCGGUGGCGGGGGAGGUACGGCAGCUGCUGCUGCGCCGCCGCCGCUGCCGCAAUCGCCGCCGUCAGCGCCGUCGCCGGCUGGCGGCGCGGGUGUUGUUCUGUCGUACGACGACUUCUGCGGUGGCGGCGGCGGUGGUGGGUUCUCAGCUGCGGGUCGCCCCCCGGAGCUGCGGGUCCCCAGCCGGGUGCCGGUGCGAGUGGUGGCGGGGGCGCAUAAGGGCGGCUGCAACUCCCUGGCUGUGCAGGCGCCGGGCCACUUCGUCGCCUCCUGCGGCGCCGACCGACCAGUAGCGCUGUGGGACGUGUCGCUGCUGGUGGGGCCGGGCAGUUGCGGGGAGGCAACCGCGGC